GAUAUUGGGCACUGCAAAUCCACAAGUCCACGUUCAUUUAAUAUUCCAUUCCACCAAUAAUGCAAGCCGUAAUCUAAAGUUACCCCAUUGUUACUAAUACUCUCUCUCUCUCUCUCUCUCUCUCCCCAUCGCCCAACCCACAACAAACCCAACCCCAGUUUCUCAGAAAGACAGAGAACCCAUGACUACUUCGUAGGUCAACAUAAACUAAACUAUUUCAUAAAACAAAUAAAGAACAUAACUUGAUUACAAUUUUUCAUGGAAUAUACCCUCACAGUUUAAUCCCCAAAGGUAACAAAAAACAGGAGGAAGAAUAGGAACAAAGAUCACCACGGUUCUGUUCUGCCCCCACUACCCCCAGAAUCCAGUUCAGCUUUUUCAUUGUUCUCAGAUGUGCCUUUAUUCUUUUGUUUUGCCCAAACGGGUUUACGAUGAUUGGUCAUAUGUAUAUAUUGUAUGGAUGCAUGAUUUUCUAACGUAACUCGUCAGACAAAGGUUCAUUGAUUUCAAUCUCCGAAAGCGCUCGGAAAAUACGAUAGAAAAAACCCAUUUCAAGCUGUCCUUUUUUCUGUUCUUAACGAAUUGAAUUUAUCGGAACAGCGACGGCGAUGAUGGAUUUAGAUGAUUUCCGGGCCGUUCUGGACAGUUGUGGGGUUGACGUGUGGACGUUCAUUGACACGGCCAUAGCGGUCGCGUCUUUAGACUACGGCGGCGAGCUCAAGCACCGGAGGGACGGGAUCGUGGAAAGGCUCUAUGCGGCGACCUCGCCGGCGCAGACUCGGUGCCGAAACUGCGACGACCUCGAUGAUCGGAGGCCUAAUAAUCGAUACGAAGUGAAGGCUCCGGCGGGGAAAAAUAGCAGCGGCCAGGAAGGGAAAGAAGGGUCACCGGUGACACCUGAGUCGGUGGAGAGAGAUGACGACGAAGAUUUGGAUCCCUACGGUGGUUUGUUCGAUGACGAGCAGAAGAAGAUUCUUGAAAUUAAGGAGCACCUUGAAGAUCCUGACCAGUCUGAGGAUUCUUUGGUUGAAUUGCUUCAAACUCUAGCAGACAUGGAUAUAACAUUUCAAGCACUCAAGGAGACUGAUAUAGGAAGGCAUGUGAAUCGAUUGCGAAAGCAUUCAUCAAAUGAUGUCCGGAGAUUGGUGAAGCUACUAGUCAGGAAGUGGAAAGACAUUGUGGAUGAGUGGGUGAAGUUGAAUCAACCUGGAGAACAGACUUCUGCUGCUCUAAUGGCUUAUGGAGACUCACCCCAGCAGAAAAUUCCCCAAAAUGGUCAUCACCAGGUUCCUGAUUUUGGAUACUCUCCAAAUCCACACAAUGGGAGUUCCGGGUCAGACAAGAAUAAUUCAGAAUCAGAGCCAAAGCCAAAAGCGAUUCCCCGAAAAGAAGCUCCUCCUAGACCAGCCCAAUUAGCACCUGUAUCUGCCUCUGCACAUCAAAAUAGACAAAAAGAGCAAAAGGAUUUGGACUCUGACAAACUGGCUUCAGCGAGAAAACGGCUUCACGAGAAUUACAAAGAAGCUGAAAAUGCCAAAAAGCAAAGAACGAUUCAAGUGAUGGACAUCCAUGAUAUACCAAAACCCAAGAAUGCAUUCUUUACAAAGAACAAAGGUGGUGGUGGUGGUGGUGGUUCUCACGGGAGGCACUGGUGACAGAAUACUGUAAAAUCAUAUGUAGAAAGAAAGGGUACAUGACAUGGGACAGAAGGGAAGAGUUCCAUAACCGGUUUUUGCCUCUUUUUACUUUUCUUUUGCUCUUUUUUUAUUUUUUUGAAGUUAAGAAAACAAAAGCAAGAACAGUUUCUUUAAUUACUUAAUCGAUGAUGACAAAAAUUAAAAUUGCAUAUUUUGGGAAGGAGUAGAAAAUACAGAGCUCUCUAGGUUAUCGUAGGCGGGUCCAUGUACAGAUGCUGGUAUGGACCAUUGAAAUGGAUAUUGCUUUCUCUCUUUUUCAUUUUUUCCAUUGGUUUGGGUUGGGGAAUAAGGUGUGAACAGAGUGAAAAUGAAGCUUUGUUUUGGUAGUGUU